ACUAUGAUGCUUUUGUUUGUUCUUGCUGAGAGUUGAUGCUUUGAUGCUUAUUGUAUAAAACUGUGAUGCUUAUUGUAUAAAACUAUGAUGCUUUUGUUUGUUCUUGCUGAGAGUUAAUGCUUUGAUGCUUAUUGUAUAAAACUGUGAUUCUUAUUGUAUAAAACUGUGAUGCUUUUUGUUUGUUCUUGCUGAGAGUUGAUGCUUUGAUGCUUAUUGUAUAAAACUGUGAUGCUUAUUGACAAAACUAUGAUGCUUUUGUUUGUUCUUGCUGAGAAUUGCUUUUUUUUGUAUAAAAUUGCUGAGAGUUAUGCUUUUUCAAAAAACUUUGAUGCUUUUUUUGUAUAAAACUGUGAUGCUUAUUGUACAAAACUAUGAUGCUUUUUGUUUGUUCUUGCUGAGAGUUGAUGCUUUGAUGCUUAUUGUAUAAAACUGUGAUUCUUAUUGUAUAAAACUGUGAUGCUUUUGUUUGUUCUUGCUGAGAGUUGAUGCUUUGAUGCUUAUUGUAUAAAACUGUGAUGCUUAUUGUAUAAAACUAUGAUGCUUUUGUUUGUUCUUGCUGAGAGUUAAUGCUUUGAUGCUUAUUGUAUAAAACUGUGAUUCUUAUUGUAUAAAACUGUGAUGCUUUUUGUUUGUUCUUGCUGAGAGUUGAUGCUUUGAUGCUUAUUGUAUAAAACUGUGAUGCUUAUUGACAAAACUAUGAUGCUUUUGUUUGUUCUUGCUGAGAGUUGAUGCUUUGAUGCUUAUUGUAUAAAACUGUGAUGCUUAUUGUAUAAAACUAUGAUGCUUUUGUUUGUUCUUGCUGAGAGUUAAUGCUUUGAUGCUUAUUGUAUAAAACUGUGAUUCUUAUUGUAUAAAACUUUGAUGCUUUUCUUGCUGAUUUUCUUGCAAUUUCUUGAAUUGCUUUUUUUUGUAUAAAAUUGCUGAGAGUUAUGCUUUUUCAAAAAACUUUGAUGCUUUUUUUGUAUAAAACUGUGAUUCUUUGAUGCUUUGAUGCUUUGAUGCUUUUAUACAACGAUCACAGUUUUUCUUGCAAUUUCCUGAAUGAUCAACCACGAAUUAGGGCAUCCCAACGAUUGUUCUUGCUGAGAGUUGAUGCUUUGAUGCUUAUUGUAUAAAACUGUGAUUCUUAUUGUAUAAAACUGUGAUGCUUUUGUUUGUUCUUGCUGAGAGUUCAUGCUUUGAUGCUUAUUGAUAAAACUGUGAUUCUUAUUGUAUAAAACUGUGAUGCUUUUGUUUGUUCUUGCUGAGAGUUGAUGCUUUGAUGCUUAUUGUAUAAAACUGUGAUGCUUAUUGUACAAAAAUGUGAUGCUUUUGUUUGUUCUUGCUGAGAGUUGAUGCUUUGAUGCUUAUUGUAUAAAACUGUGAUUCUUAUUGUAUAAAACUGUGAUGCUUUUUGUUUGUUCUUGCUGAGAGUUGAUGCUUUGAUGCUUAUUGUAUAAAACUGUGAUGCUUAUUGUACAAAAAUGUGAUGCUUUUGUUUGUUUGAUGCUUUUUUGUAUAAAACUGUGAUGCUUUUUCAAAAAACUUUGAAAAACUAUGAUGCUUUUGUUUGUUUGUUUGAAAAACUUUCAAACUGUGCUGCAUAAAACUAUGAUGCUUUUGUUUGUUUGAUGCUUUUCUAUUUCAAACUGUGCUGCUUUUUCAUAAAACUUUGAUGCUUAUUGUAUAAAACUGUGAUGUUCUUGUUUGUAUGCUUUCUAUUUCAAAUCUGUGUUGUUGCAUUUAUUCAACACAAAAUACAAUACAUGAUACACUACCAUUUCAUAUACAAUACAAAAUGCAUAAAGUAAUACAUUUCAUAUGCUUUCUGUGAUUUUUAUACACGAGUUGUUCUUUCGAUUUAUACACAAGUUUUUUAUUUUUGUUUAUUAGAAAUAUGGUAGUUACUCGAAAUUCUGCACAAGUUGAAGAACCAAUAAUAGCAGAUCCUCAAGGUAUGCCAAGUACACGAGGGAAAAGAAUAAAAAUUGUUGCCUCAAAAAAGAAAAGUGUUGAAGUAGCUACAAGAGUAGAAGAAAAUCAUGAAGAGGAACAACCUGUCCCGAAAACAAAAAAAUCUGUUGCUUCCAAAAAGAAACAGUUUAGAAAAGGCUUGGAGAGAUGCCAAACAAAAAAUUUGAAAAACAUUCCUUCAUGUCUAGCCAUAUUAGAAAUUUGCUUUUACCAUCGAGUUAGCUCUCUAGGUAUUUUUCCAUCAUCAAGGUUGCCCUUAAUCCAACAUUGGACUUUUGAGACUUUGAAAAAAAGGGCACAACUUGAGUUGAAGUCUAGAUCCUUUGGACUGGGUGAUUUCGAUGGAGACACAUACCCAGUUUCAAAGAAAUUAAGAAAAAAAAUGCAUGAUGAUGAGGUGGAGCUAGAAGAAAAUGGGAUGUAUCUCAAGAUCCCUAUUCCCGAUGGCUUGUUGGCAUCUUCUGAUCAAAAAAUUCAUGAUACAGCUGGUGAUGAGCUAAUGGCAGAAGUUAGCAAGAUGAAGAGGAACAUGGAAAUUGUUACUCAAUAUCAUAUAUCAAGACUGUUGAAGUUAAAGGAAAAAGGCAAUCAAGCACAAGAUGUCGGACAAUCAUCAAACUCUCCAACACUAUCACAAUGGUAUUCAGACCCAAAAGUGAUGGAGGAGAUUGAUGAGAUUAUGAACAGGAUAAGAGUUGUUAAAAGACGAACAGCUGACAUCGACUUACCAAGCUUUGACCUGGGAAUAUCAGAUCUCGAGAAAACACCUUCACCAGCACCGAAAUUGAUUGCCAAGAAGAGAGGAAAGAAGAAAAUUUGAGAUACAUCUUUUGAUUCCAUGACAAAACUGGGAUGAUUCAAAAAGCAGAAAGCAUUUGUAAUUGUGAAGAAAACUGUGAUGAUUCCAUGACAAAACUGUGAUGAUUCAAAUUGUGAUGAGUUUUGUUUUUGACUCAAACUGUGAUACUGUGUUUUGGUAAUUGUUUAUUUGCCACUGAAUGGAAUUCUACCUCCCUGCAUUUGUACAUUUCUUUUUUGUUUAUAUAUAUUUCUUUCAUUAUUACAAAAAUUUACCUCUACAAAUUAAUUAUAC